ACAAAACAGAACCAACCCAUUUUGCCUAAAAUCAGACGGAACUCCAGAAUCUUGUUAUAUUUCUCCUCCUGAGAGGCGAAUUCAAGAGAAUUUAUGAUCAAUUGCAUCAAAGCUGAGGACGAAGAAGAAGAAGUCGGCGAUGGUAGCAGUCGGGGCAGUUAUGGGGAUGGUGAGCGGCACGCUGGUUUACUACCACUGCGCCUACCGCCACUCGAGUAUCGUCUCCCUCCUGGCCGACGUCUUUAUCGUGCUCCUCUGCUCGCUCGCUAUCCUCGGCCUCCUCUUUCGCCACAUGAACAUCGCCGUCCCCGUUGACCCGCUCCACUGGCAGAUCUCCCAGGACGCCGCCGCCUCACUCUUCGCCUGCCUCGCCAACACCCUCGGCGCCGCCGAGUCCGUUCUCCGCGUCGCCGCCACCGGCCAUGACAAACGCCUCUUCCUCAAGGUGGUUUUCUGUCUUUAUGCGCUUUCUGUCAUUGGGAGAGCAGUCUCAGGCGUCACUGUUGCAUAUGUCGGAUUGUGUUUGUUAUGUCUUUACAUGGUGGUCGAGCAUUCAAGCACCAACGGCACGUGUUUGGGGAGGCUUUCUGGUAGACGAGAUGCAUCAAGCUCUGUUCAAGAUGACACGUAAAACACAACCAUCUUUCUGUUAAUACAUUUGAGGACUGCUUGGAUGACGACUGCUGCUCGAUUUCGUAAUUUCAUGCAUCUUGCUGACUGAAUAAAGCCAUCUCUGUUGUUGAAAAGAUUUUAUGCUUGGUAGAAAGAUCCAUGGAUACGAAGUACUCUACCCGUAGUAGAAGAAGAAGAAGAAGAAGCCGUCUUCAAUCUAAGCUCGUCAUUCUUCUUCUUGCGAUCAACUGUUUGUUCAUCCAAGUUGUGUCAGAAAACGCAGAAACAAAAAUGCCCAUAAUUGACGCCGCCAAGAGACUGUUUUCUCUCCCCACAAGCUACGACUGUUGGAUCCUUAAACUGAAGUCGCUCUUUUUCCGGCAAGCCACGCCCCAUUUCUCCCCGCCAAAUUCUCAAGUUGGAGGAGAAGGAUGGACUGGCGAACAAGGGACCACAGAGAAGGUCAAAGAGGCAGCAGUGAAGAGCUUGGACGAGAGCAAAUCAGCAGUUGAAGAUUCUGCAAGAUCUGCUGCAAAAUUAGCAGAGGCAGCAGUUGAAGAGACGAUAAAGAAGGUCAAGAAGACAUUGUCUGGUAGAACCAAGGCCGAACUGUAAGCAACAGUUGCACGGAAAAUAGUUGGAAAAAACUGGUGUUGUACAUUUUAUGUGGGAUCUCAUGUGCGUGAGACUUUUUUUACUACCCUUCAAUGAUAUUUUUACUCAAGGUAGGUCGACUUUGGUUGAUCUUGAGAGACCCUGUAGACAAGUUAGCAUAACCUCUAUAGUCUAUUAAAAUGCAGAUGCUUUUCCUCUAUGUAUACAUUACAUUGUUGAAAUUGCUCAGCCUUGGGAUCAAGAUAUAAAGAAAGAAGGUGACUGAAAAAAAUGGAGAACAGUUCGUCCAUAAUGCAGGACAAACAGAAGCAUAAUAGUUGAUCAGGUUGAAUUGUAAACCACUGCAACAAAUAUAUGUAAUUGGGAUUUUUAUUUUGCAUCAGUCUAACUGCAUUAGCAGUUGCUCUUGCUCUGCUAUUAGGUUUCUGAGUAUCCAACAUGUAAAAACAGAAACAGAUCGCAACAAAUUUCUAAUACUUCUCCUACAACGUCAAGCAUCACUGCAUCUGGUAGCUGAAAGCUGCAAUCAAAGCGGCAGCGGGUCAAUGGCCGGCGAGCUGCUGGUGCUCCAGGUGGCGGCGCUCCUCGGGGAGG